GCUGGGAGCAGUGGCAGUUGGCAGCUGAAAUAUGGUAGCACAAAUGACCUGAGAACUGGGCAGAGCUAGUAUGAAAGCAACAAACAGGAAAGUGAUUGGAUAAUAAAGGGCAGAAAUGGUAUUUAUUCAAAGACAGAUUAUCACAGGACACAGAGCACCUGGACAGAUGUGGAAGAGCUUCUUAGAUCAGAGAGAAACUUCCAAGGCUAGUCUGCCAAAGAAAAAUGGGCACCAAGGGCAAAGUUAUUAAAUGCAAAGCAGCCAUUGCCUGGGAAACAGGCAAGCCCCUUUGCAUAGAAGAGGUUGAGGUAGCUCCCCCCAAGGCUCAUGAAGUUCGUGUGCAGAUAAUCGCCACUACCCUGUGCCAUACUGAUGCCCAUAUUAUCAAUCCUAAAUUUAAAGAGGCCCUUCUCCCAGUGAUCCUUGGCCAUGAGGGUGCAGGAAUUGUGGAAAGUGUUGGGCCAGGAGUGACCAACUUCAAACCAGGUGACAAAGUAAUUCCACUCUACAUGCCUCAAUGUAGAAAAUGCAAGUUCUGUCUGAGUCCACUCACAAAUUUCUGUAAAAAACUCAGUCCAGUGAAAAAUCCUCUUGUUGAUCAAGAACUACUGGAAGACAAAACCAGUAGGUUUACCUGCAAAGGAAAACCAAUUUACCAUUUCAUGGGGACCAGUACCUUCACUCAGUACACCGUAGUGUCGGAUAUAAAUCUUGCCAAAAUCGAUGAUGAUGCAAAUUUAGAGAGAGUUUGUCUGUUUGGAUGUGGGUUUUCAACUGGCUAUGGAGCUGCAAUCAACAAUGCCAAGGUCACCCCUGGUUCUACUUGUGCCAUCUUUGGCCUAGGAGGUGUUGGUCUUUCCGCUAUAAUGGGUUGUAAAGUAGCAGGAGCUUCCAGAAUCAUAGCUAUUGACAUCAACAGUGAGAAAUUUACAAAGGCCAAAGCCCUUGGAGCCACUGACUGCCUCAAUCCUCGAAACCUAGAUAAACCCAUCCAGGAGUUCAUCAUUGAAAUGACCAAUGGAGGUGUGGAUUUUGCCCUUGACUGUGCAGGUGGACCUGAAACCAUGAGAGCAGCCCUGGACAGUACAAUAGUAGGCUGGGGAUCAUGUACUUUCAUUGGAGUAGACUCUGAAAUGAGAGGAUUGAUGGUAUCUCCAGUGGAGCUAAUAAUGGGCCGUACCAUAAAUGGAACAUGCUUUGGUGGUUGGAAAAGCAUCGAUUCUAUCCCAAAGCUGGUUACUGACUACAAGAAUAAGAAAUUUGAUCUGGACAUACUGGUGACUCAUACCCUGCCUUUUGACAAAAUCAAUGAGGCAUUUGACCUGAUGAACCAAGGCAAAAGCAUUCGAAUAGUCCUGACCUUCUGAAGACACCAGAACAAACUGGAAUACUACCUGACUGAAUCUGAACCCUUCUUGUUAAUUUAUAACCUGUAAUAAUGAACCAAGGAUUGCCAUGAAUUUAAACAACUAUUUACAGUUAACAUCUCAACAUCAAAUAGUUAUAAACAUCACAGCAUUUUUAAAUAUAUUAAUAUUUCCUGUUUAGUAAUUAUGAUAACUGAUGUGUUAUUGAAUAGAAUUACAUGAUGAGAAUUGUUUAAAACUAGUUCUGGAGAGGUGGGAGCGGGGAAUGAAGAGUAAUAAGUAAAGCUAGAUUGGCUGUUUGUUUAUAAUUUUUUAGGUUGGGUGAUAAAUAUAUGGGGUUUCAUUACACUGUUCUCUCUACUUUUGUUUAUGCUUAAAAUUUUCCAUAAUAAAAUCAUUU